GAAAGAUAGUAUUGAAUGUUUUUUUGGCUCGUUAUCCAUUUGGUAUCAAAUUAAAACAGAUUUUGAAAAUUUAGAGUCAAUUAUGAAAAAUCGAUUGAGUUAUUUUAAUGAAUAUUAUGAACGAAAAAAGAGAAGGUCAAUAAGUAAUUAUGACUUGCACUUGCAAUGCUUGGAUUGGAGUCAUUUACAAGAUAGUAAAACGAAAUUUGGAUUGAAAGGAGCGAUGAGUGAUUAUAACUUACAUUCAAGUAAACAAAAUGCCGCCGUAAUAAAUGAUACUAACAAUAUGAAACAUGCGAUAGAUCAAGACUUUUACAAAUUAUCAUCAAGUUUAUCGAAUGUCAUAAUAGAAGAUACAAUGAAGAUAUUUGAUUAUGAAGAGCAAUCAAAUGCUCGAAAAGAUUUAAAUGAUAAUAAAAAGAAAGAAAAUCUAUCGAUAAGUGAUUAUGACUUAAUAUCACCAAAAUUGCAAAAUCAAGUGAAACGAUCGAUAAGUGAUGAUGAUAAACUCUCAAAUCCUUCGUAUUUAAAGCUCGAUGAUGCAGACCAAAUAAAUAGAUCAGCUGAUUGGACUGUUCUAAUUCAAAAAAUGGAAGAUAAAAAAACAAAAGAGGUAAAAAUGGCAGAUGAAAAAACUAAACAGAUUAGAAAAGAAAUAAUUAAAGAAAAAAAAAUGUAUCCAAAGACAAGUGGAAAGUCUCAUCGAAAAAAUUCAAUAUUAAUUGAAAAUAAACCAGAAAUGCCACUUACUUAUACUAUAACAGACGCUAAUAAAGAAUUGAAAUCUUAUACAAAGACAAGUGAAAAAUUUUAUCGAGAAAAUUCAAUAUUACCAGAAAAUAAACCAGAAAUACCACCACCUAUAUAUACUAUAACUGAUUCUGAUAAAAAAUUAAACUCUAGAGAAGUGUCUAUAAAAGAAUCAGUAUCAUUUAAUUAUUACGAUCAAGGAGGCAGUAUAUUUGGAAGAAAACCAAUUGUACUGGACGAUAAAAAUAGUUUGAUGAAUAAAAGAAGCUUGUUAGAAGAUGCAAAAUCAUCUUCGUCAGAAAUACCAAAAACUUUUGUAAUAAUCAUACAUAAAUUGACAUUAUUUAGGAACACGCCAAUAAUAAGUGAUAGAAAUAUUAAACAAUUGUAUAUUGAAUACACAUUUUUGAAUUUUGAUGACGAAGAAAUGGAAACUCCAUUAAGUUUACCAAAACCAGAACCACCUAGAAUGGAAUCGUUAGUGUUUAAUUUUGAACGACAGUUUUAUUUCGAUUCAAAAUUAUCGCCUAUUUUACGUGAUAAAGUAGAAAACGAUGAAGUGGUGAAAUUUUUCGUGAUUAGUGAACCCGUGUUAGAUUCAGAUGGUGAAUGUGAAGAAGUUGGUAUGGUUGAAGUUAAAUAUAAAGAUUUUAUCUAUACUAGCGCAGAUGUUAUUAAAAAAGCGUUUAUUGUGAAAUCCGUACGUAAUUCGAACAUUGAAAUUGGAUGGCUAGAAUUAAGUUUUAUUGGUGUGAAACUUCUUAGGGAAAUUGUUUUAGGACAAGAUGUGAAUACUUCACAAUAAUGUAAAUGGAAG